AUGGCACCUAAGACACCAACCGGCUCCAAGGGAGCAAAGAAGGCUAUCAAGAAGUCUGCCCCCAAGUCCGGGGACAAGAAGAAGCGAAGGAGGAGGAAGGAAAGCUACGGCAUCUACAUUUACAAAGUCAUGAAACAGGUUCACCCUGACACCGGCAUCUCCAUCAUGUCUGGACGUGGUAAAGGUGGAAAAGUCAAGGGAAAGAGCAAGACUCGCUCAUCCCGCGCUGGACUCCAGUUCCCGGUUGGACGCAUCCACCGUCUGUUAAGGAAAGGCAACUACGCCGAGCGAGUUGGAGCCGGAGCUCCAGUCUACUUGGCUGCCGUGCUCGAAUACCUGGCUGCUGAAGUUCUCGAGUUGGCAGGAAACGCCGCCCGUGACAACAAGAAGUCAAGAAUCAUUCCCCGACAUCUCCAGCUGGCUGUUCGCAACGACGAGGAAUUGAACAGACUCCUGUCCGGCGUCACCAUCGCUCAGGGAGGUGUCUUGCCCAACAUCCAGGCUGUCCUCCUGCCCAAGAAGACCCAGAAGGCCGGCAAAUAA